UAAAGAUCCAGUACAAAAUGUCAGCUCCCAUGGAAUAAAAAUAAAACGUUUAGAUCCAGAGUUGUUCAAGUUGUUGUUUUGGCUUUUUAUUCAAUAAUUGAGAACUAAGAAACAGUUAUUUUGAAAAGAAGACUUUCUAAAAAUGUCUGAUGAUGAAGGGGUACUCUCAGUGCCUAAGAAGCAGAAAAUUAUCCACUAUGGAAGUUUGGAAGCCACAGAAAAAAGUUCUGCUGGGGAUAAAGGAAGUAGCACAAAUAGUGCCAUUGAAGCUGGGAAAGAAGCUGGUCAUAUAAACAUCACAGAUGGCAGUCACUUUGAUCUUGAAGCCAGUGAAACAGCCAUGCAGUUGGAAGCUUUAGCUGAGUUUGAGAAAAGAAAAAGAGCAAGAACCAUCCAAGUUUCAACAGAUGAUUCAGAAAUUAGAGCCAAUCUCAGACAGUUAGGAGAACCCAUUUGUUUAUUUGGUGAGGGUCCAGCGGAGAGAAGAGAACGUCUAAGGAAACUCUUAGCAGAACUAGGUCAGAGUGCUCUCAAGAAGAAAAAGGAAGAAAAGUUGAAAGAGCUGAAGAAGAAAGAGGAGGACAAUAUCACCUGGUACCAUGAAGGCCCAACCAGCUUAAGAGAAGCAAGAUAUUGGAUAGCACAGUACUCUAUACCCAGGGCUAAAAAAAGAGUGCAAGAACAGAAAAUGGAGAAGAAUCUUCCGUUGACCCAGAAACAUGCUGAGAUACAACUCCUGCAGAAACGAAUCAGGUCAGUGAGCAAUGACAGCAGCCAGAUAGGUGACAGUCGACCAAUCUCAUAUUGUUGUUUCAGUCCAAAUUCUAAAAUGUUAGCUACGGCAUCGUGGUCAGGUUUGUGCAAGCUGUGGUCCAUACCAGACUGUAGUUUAAUCAGGACACUCAGAGGUCACAACAGCAAUGUGGGUGCCAUUGUGUUUCAUCCGGAGGCCACGCUGACAUUGGACAACAGCCUGUGCUGUAUGGCUUCCUGUGCUCAGGAUGGUUCUGUCAAACUUUGGAAUCUAGAAAGUGAUGAGCCCAUAGCUGAUAUCGAAGGUCAUGCUCCAUACAGAGUGUCCAGAGUCAAGUAUCAUCCGUCUGGGCGAUUUCUGGCCACCUGUUGUCAUGAUAAUUCCUGGAGACUCUGGGACUUGGAGGUACAAGAGGAAGUCUUACAUCAGGAAGGUCACAGCGCCCCUGUGUAUGACAUCGCUUUCCAGCAAGAUGGAGCCCUCUCUGUAACUGGUGGUUUAGAUGCUUACGGCAGAGUGUGGGAUUUGAGGUCAGGUCGCUGUAUCAUGUUUUUGGAAGGUCACUUGAAACCUGUGGUAGCAGUAGAUUUCAGUGGCGAUGGGUAUCAUGUUGCCACCGGAAGUGAAGACAACUCCACCAAAAUCUGGGACCUGCGGCAAAGGAAGUGUGUUUACACUGUCCCAUCUCACACGAACAUUGUAUCUGUGGUCAGAUUCCAGCCACAUCAUGGGAACUACUUGGUGACGGCUUCCUAUGACUGUACAGCCAAAAUUUGGGCUCACCCAACAUGGGCUGCCCUCAAAACUCUUGCCGGCCAUGAAAGUAGGAUUAUGGGCCUUGAUAUAUCUAAUGACCUCAAGUACAUGGCCACCAGCUCUUAUGACAGGACCUUCAAGCUGUGGGUUUCGGAACUAGGAGGAGGACUGUAAGGCUGCUGCUAUUUUGUGUAGCACUUUUUCAGUUUAAGUAAAACUUGGAUAAAAUUGUUUUAGAAAUCGCAAAAGUUAUUUCAAUUCACGCAUGUACACAUUUAAUGGUAUGAAUGUCUGUCAUGAGUUGUACUGUUACUACAAUUACAUUUUAAAGCAAAUCUAUUUGGUGUCACAUGACUGUUUGCUGUAGUCCAAGUACUGUUUGAUAUGAAGCAUUGUUCUAAUUGUAUGGUUUUAUCACUGUUGUACAACUUCCUUGUAUGUAACUGUGCUCAUGUUGUUAUGUUGAAGAGUGUCAGGAUGUCAAUGAGACAUCAACUCUUUGUCAAAAAUAAACAUUUGACACUGAUGA